GUCUGACAUUUCUUUUAGUUUCAACUUCAGCAACCUAGUGCCUUUGAGUUCGCGGUUUUAAGCAUUUCUUAUUUUUAUUUAUAUUUGCGUCAAAUUCUUGUUAGGCCAGAGGUGUGAAGUUUAUUAAAUAAGAAUAACAUACCGAAAACAGAUCAUUAAAAAUGAAGCACAGAUAUGGCCUUGCUUUUCUGCUAAUUUGGCUGCCAGUGAUACUGAGUAUAAGAAUACCUCCUAAUCCCUGCCCUGAUAUGUUUAAUUACUACAAAAAUUACCAAGGAGCAAUAUACGGAGAAGCGAGAAUGCCAUACGAUAAUGCCACUUUGUUAGUAUUUAAAGUAAACGCAUCUAUGGUGGGAAAUUUUAGCCGACCGAAACUGAAACUGAAAUUAGUAACUAAAGUGCAAGAUUUUAUCCAUGGCACAUCGCACGUUAUAUACAAUAUAUUUUUUCCAUUUAACAACGUUAUACCUAAAAUCACUAAACUCACAUAUAACAAUAGAACAUACUGUAGCGGUCCUAAUGAACCAAUAAUACCAGGAGAACCCGGAAUAACAAAGGUUUGGUCCCAACUCAGCAUACUGUUGAAUCCAAAAAAAUUUACUGAUAUUCCAGACGAUAUUCCUCUUAAAAGUGGAAAGGAGACCCCAACGGCAAAUCCACCACUACUAAAGCCGGUUACACAGAGAAUCACUCCAGUAUCGCCUCAGGUUCCACCGCAACAGACUGAUCCAUCUACUACUCCCGACAUGGACAUACCAAACAAACCACCUGCUGUUCCUAACCCGACUGAUCCUAAUUCGGAUCCAGUUAAUCAGAACGAAGUAGCCUAGUUGAGUCCCAGAAUUUAUAGUCCGUUUUUCUAGUAGCCGAGUUCAGUCCCGAAGAUGGGUAAAUUGAGUCCCGUGUCUACCUGCGGCUUAGUCGUUGUUCUUAAUGUUUUUUAGGAAUAUAAAAAUAAUUUUUUUUAA